AUGGAGCAAACUAGACUACUCGGUUUUGGAGAUUUAUUUCUGAUGGUGUUGUCUGCGUUGUUCAUACCUCGAGGGUUGUAUGCUAAUGUUCGGGUCCGGCCGCAGAACAAAUUACCGUCUGCACGUCGGGAACCAGAACCGCUUCCCACUCCCACGUCACAUCACAUCUCACAAAUUGAGACCCCUCCCCUCUACACAUUCUGCAAAGGUCAGACAGUCAGCCCUGAAGUUGAUGAGAUACUGCUGCAUGGUGCUAACCCUAGACCACAGAUGAUAAUUCACGAAAUAAUUAAGUAUGAGACCAAUAUGGGCGGUAAAAACACGCCAAAUAUCACAUGUGCAGAAACACAAAGUGGUCUGCUGCCAAGUUUUCUGUCCAUGUCCCACAAUAGCAUGACGGAACGGAAAGUCAAAUAG